CGACUUCGCUUGGGGCGCCCAGUGCUUCCUCCCGCGGUCCGCGCGGGGGUAGGUGCCGAGGUCCCUCUGCCCGGUUUUUGUUGGGGAACAUCGGGAGCACGUCCUGGGAUUCGGAUUGACCAGGGCCAGUGGGCCAUCAAAUGUUCAGGAAACUUUGCGAGGCUCACAGCUGUCCUCGCGCGGCUCCCGUGCCGUUCCGCACGGAUCCCCCCAUGGCAGCGCUGCCGUGGAGAUCCGGGUGGCUGAUGGGAUCGCAGAGCUUCUCCAGGAUGCCAUGCUUGGCACACAGAGGCCCGGACAUCCGUGCUGCGGCGCGGCCACGACGCUCCGUCCGGUGGCCCCAGGACCCAAGGAGUCAAGGGGCAGGUGCUUUGGACCAUUGUGAUCCUCAUGGGGCAGGUGCUAGCAAUAGGGCCAUAGGGACCCACAUACGGUGUCCGGUCAGCUUCGCUGGGUGGCACGCGCGCACCAAGAGGGUGGUGCAAAGCUCUCAGCCUGAAGAUGACUUGGUGGUGCCGUUGCCCUACAGCCGCCGAGUCUUCGCCUCCUCCUGGCUGGUGGCGAUCACCACAGGCCUUGCUGCCUUACAUGGCCAGAUGAUGUGCUGCUUCCUAUGCUUCCUGGUGCCUACGCAGCACGUGAGCGAUGUUCUUUUCGGCACGGUGAACUAUUGGCGCGAUCCCCGCAGCGGCUGGCGGCGCCGCGCCGACUUCUUCUUCGCCAACUUCGGGAUUGGAUACCACUUGUUCCUGGCGCUUGUGCUUUGGGCAAAGACUCCCAUCGGGCACAAGUUCGAUUUCACUAGCCCCUCCCAGAGGCCGUUGUUUCUGGCAGGGCCAUGCUUCGCCUUGAGCCCCUUCGGCUUUGGGAUUUUCUGGGCUGCUGCGCUCUAUCUCUACCUGCGCGCUCGCCGGUGUGCGAAGCAGGGCCACUUUGAUGCCGGCACCAAGUGGCAUGUGAUCUUCCACUGUGUGGGCAAUUUGGCCAACUGCUUGUUUUAUCCCGGUCUUUUACGGGUGUGACGGGCCGCUGAAAAAAGGCCGCCGCAACGCGAAGAAGCGGGCGAUUUAGUGUGCACGCUGGGCUGGCAGGGGCUGGGAGUGUGAAUGAACCGGAAGUGAUUUCAUGAUGUGCAUCCCCCGACUGACCAAUGAGCCGUUUCAAGUGAAGACCUGAACCUGGAAGACAGCAACACACCCGUGCAGGACCUCAAAAAUCAUGGAAGAAGAGCUGUUUGGCCCCCAUGUCCAGAGUGUAUGAUGCCCAACUUAAGUGGAAGAAAGCAGCCGAAAGGGACAUAGAAAAGCCCUUCGUAGUUCCACCAGGAAGGACGCCUCCUUGGUGCUAAGGUCGAACGCCCC